AUGGCAGCCAAGACCCUGGGGAAACUGCUCCUGGGCAGUUGGGGAGGAGACCCUGUAGUGAUAGCCUGGGCAGACACAGACAAAGGGGCAGAAGUCGAAGCAUUAACCUGCUUCUGGGCCAGGCUAGGCGCACACGGCAAAUGCCCAUAUAGCCCUUCGGUUCCAGGCUUGUUUCUUUGGGGCUGGGUGCAGCAGCACCCCGCCUUCCUCCCCAGAGACGCCGGCGAGGGGCGCACACUAGCCAGACCGCACCGCACCGCACCGCACCACGGCGCACGCGCACACGCUCGCCUAGCGCCCGGGAAGUGGCCGGGGGUGGGGGAGAGGGAGGAGGCCUGGAAAGUUCCACUGGUUUCUAGAGCCCAAGGUUGGUCGGCGCGGAGGCGGCGCGCAGCGGGUGCGUACGGAGAUAGGAUACGGCCUCCCACGGGCUGCUCAAGACCGUGUCCACGAGCCGCGUGCUCCGGGGAACGGGCACGGCCCAGGAGGGAAGGCGGGUGCCGACCGAGGCGCGAGUGCAGGCGCCCUCCGGGCGAGGGGGGCGGGACCGAGGGGCGGGGCUCUCGGUGGGCGGGGCGAGCCGUCUGCGCAGCUGCCGGAGCCUUUAAACCGGGCCUCGCGGGGUCGCACGGUGCUUUCGCCGCCAGGGAGCCUACCGGCUGCAUCUCCUCUCGUCUUCCACUGCACCCGGCGUUUCCCGACCUAGCGACCCCGGACUCGGUGCCGCCAUCCCGGGCGAUGCCCCGCUACGAGUUGGCUUUGAUUCUGAAAGCCAUGCGGCGGCCAGAGACCGCUGCUGCUUUAAAACGUACAAUAGAAUCCCUGAUGGACCGAGGAGCCAUAGUGAGGAACUUGGAAAACCUGGGUGAGCGUGCACUCCCAUACAGGAUCUCCAGUCACAGCCAGCAGCACAGCCGAGGAGGGUAUUUCUUGGUGGAUUUUUAUGCCCCAACAAAUGCUGUGGAAAGCAUGCUGGAACACUUGGCACGAGACACUGAUGUGGUUAGACCAAAUAUUGUGAAACACCCUCUGACCCAGGAAGUAAAAGAGUGUGACGGCAUAGUCCCAGUCCCUCUUGAAGAAAAACUGUAUUCAACAAAGAGAAGGAAGAAGUGAGAAGAUUCACCAGAUGUGGCUAUGUUCAAUUCUAAGUGCACCAUGGGUGCUGAUAGGUUUGUCUAGGAUGCUUUAGCCCGUGACCAUUUUGCUGCAGAUGGGGACUGCUGGCCGAGACCUGCUCUGUCACCCCUGCUGAUAUUUCACCCUCACUGUGUGAUUGUCAGGGUGCGGUGGGGCUGGUGUUCACAGUCCCACUGCAGAGUUUCGAAGAACAAAAUGUUUGUCAUUCACACUCGGUUGUCUUGUAAACCUGUGUGGAACACAGAGCAGAGUAAUAAACAUGGUUUUAUCAACA